GCCCAGGCGGGAGCGCUGAGCCGACAGCAUCUCUCGCAUCCCGACGUGCUUCUCCGGGACCGGACUGCGAGAGCGACCGUGCCUCUGACGCCUCAGUGUCUGUGUAAGCCGCUGCUGCUGCAGGAAGAAAGCUUUUCCUUGGCAUUGCGUGGAGCAGCGAGAGGAACUCGUGCAAUAUGAAAACGAUGACAGGAUCAAACGAAUUCAAACUAAAUCAAACUCCGGAUGAUGGUAUUUCAUCAGUAAAGUUUAGUCCAAAUACAUCUCAGUUUCUGCUUGUUUCAUCCUGGGACACAACUGUCCGGCUCUAUGAUGUUCCUGCCAACACCAUGAGACUCAAAUAUCAACAUUCAGGAGCUGUCCUUGACUGUGCUUUUUAUGAUCCUACCCAUGCCUGGAGUGGAGGAUUAGAUCAGCAAUUGAAAAUGCACGAUCUGAACACGGACCAAGAAAACCUUGUUGGUGCCCAUGAUGCUCCUAUCAGGUGUGUUGAGUAUUGCCCAGAAGUGAACGUCAUGGUGACUGGAAGCUGGGAUCAAACAGUUAAACUGUGGGAUCCCAGAACUCCUUGUAAUGCAGGAACCUUCUCUCAACCUGAAAAGGUCUACACGCUUUCUGUGUCUGGAGAUAGACUAAUUGUGGGGACGGCAGGUCGGAGAGUGCUGGUGUGGGAUUUGCGGAACAUGGGUUAUGUUCAGCAGCGAAGAGAGUCAAGUCUGAAAUACCAGACCCGCUGUAUCAGAGCGUUUCCGAAUAAACAGGGUUAUGUUUUAAGUUCUAUUGAAGGUCGUGUUGCAGUGGAAUAUUUGGAUCCAAGUCCAGAAAUCCAGAAGAAGAAAUACGCAUUCAAGUGUCACCGUUUGAAAGAAAAUAACAUUGAGCAGAUUUAUCCAGUUAAUGCUAUUUCUUUCCAUAACGUCCACAACACAUUUGCUACAGGAGGUUCUGAUGGAUUUGUAAAUAUUUGGGAUCCAUUUAAUAAAAAGCGGCUGUGUCAGUUCCAUCGGUAUCCCACAAGCAUAGCAUCACUUGCCUUCAGCAAUGAUGGAACUACCCUUGCAAUAGCUUCUUCAUAUAUGUAUGAAAUGGAUGACAUUGAACAUCCUGAAGAUGGUAUCUAUAUUCGCCAAGUGACAGAUGCAGAAACAAAACCUAAGUCUACUUAGACUUCUGGUGAUACUUCUCUACAAGAGGUCCCCACCUGCUCCUAACAAGACUAAACUAAAACAGUAGAAGUGAGAAGAACAAUCUUUGUACUGAUGUUGUUUUUAACUGAGAAAUACUUGUGUGUAUUGUAGUAUGUCUUAAUCUGUCAUUACUUGCCUGCUUAUAAUGUUAGUGAAACUGUUUUCUUUCUGCUGUCUGUAGCUAAAUUAGUUCAGUCCUGUAGGCAACUUUGCAUAUACCUUUAUAAAAACUUAGCGCAUUUUGUAGUAUCUAAUGAAAACUUCCAGUGGUCUUAUAAUUGUUCAAUAAAUAUCCAUAGUUUUUUUGAAAACAAAUACUUUGUGUAACAGCCUUUACUGUUUGUGAAACAAAUGUUAAGACCAAACCUUUAAGUUGCAGGAAUUCUUGAGUUCUAGACCUUCCUGAUGGAAAAUUUCUGAACCUUUCAUCUUUUUCCAAUGAGAUGAACUGGGAAUUUCUUCAUUACCUGGGGAUGUUGGCUCUCCAGGCAAUGUUUUCACAGGGCUGUGAAAGCCUGAAGUUGUAUUAGGUGGGCUUGUUUAUCUCAGUGACUUGAUUGUUACUGGAGAAUCAUUAACUGUUUCAGGAGGAAAGAACUUGAACACGUGGUACUCUGGUUUUUUGACAUACUGCAUAAAAGUGUGAAAUUAAUGGCGCUUGGGAAGAAUUGAGGGUAGAGGGGAGCAAAUGUAGAGUUUCAGCCUGCAGCUGAGUGGUCUGUUCCAAGUCUGCAGAUCUGACCUGGUAGCCCAGGGUUUAUGGAGUAACACAAGUGGAAAGGUAGAAAAGAGGUGUUUCCUCGGAGUGGAAAUGUCGUUCUGGCCGCAAAAGCCCAUGAAAAUACGCUGUUUCUCUGAAUGUCAUGUUUGCCUUAUUGCCAAUUGGUAAGAAGUCUAACCUGUAAUCAAUUUUGUACCAGCCUCUAGAGGAUUUUGGAGUGGGGGGUGGGUGUGAGAAGAUGCUCGAACUUGGACAAAAUAAAAAUUUCUUAGGAAAGUAGUAUUAGAAAAACAACUUAGACACUCUGUGUUUGUGUGUUUUCUAAACAGGAAAGUAGAUCUGAUCAAGAGAGUAACCCUGCAAAUCCAUUUUCUGCUAAAAAGAAUAUAUUCAAUGUUGCAUGUUCUUGACUGGGUUGUGGAAAUAAACAUAAAUGCUUUCUGA